AUGUUUACUUCUUUCACCGCAUUACCUUUCAAUCGUUCAAAUUCUUCACAUUGUUCACAUUCACCUCGUUCGUCUAGUAAAUACUUUCAAAAUGUUCGACCGAAUUGUACCCCUGGAACAUACACAAAUGCGACGAAUAAGACACAAAAGAAUUCAACAAAGCAAAAGCGGGGUAAGCAGCGACACCCCGCACACACAACUGGAGUACACCACACACCACGGCACACAAAUGCGAAAGCCCGUAAAAAUCUUGUGGAGGCCGAAAUGGAGAUGUCCCGCAAAGCCGUCGAGCAUAAAUUGAUAAGUCUUUCGACAACCAAUCAGGCCAUAGUGCCGCCUCGUCCUGUCAAGCGUGGCGGCACAAAGGGAACUGGAGCAGGCACCGUCGUCGGAGGUGGAGGCGGAGGCGGCGGAGGAGGAGCAGGCGGUGGAGCAGGCGGUGGCCACCGGCGCAAGCAAGGCAAGAAGCAGGAGACCACCAAACCUAAAAGAAAGGUGUCGGAGGAGUCAUCGAAUCAUGAGAAACUAAACAAAGUUGAGAGCCGUAAUCGUGGAGGUUAUAAUGUUCUCCUGGAGUCCCCUCGCCGGAAUGGGCUUACACCCCGUGAUUUUGCCGCAGAGGCCGAACUGAAUGCCUUAAUGGCCACGGCACGACGCAAUGUCGCCGGAGGAUUGAACUCCAAGCAGGUCGACCGUAUGCUGGAGCAUGUCGGUGCCGGAGAUGCCGAUGACUUUGGGCAUUUGCCGUCAUUGAGUACCUUGGGGCAGCUGGGUGUUGUGCCGCGUUAUAAGUGCAGUGAAUGUGGGGCCAGAUUCCACGUCCGCUCCCUGCUGGGCGCCCAUCGUCGCACCCAUGACGAAGACUUCAAGGUGCGCUUCUGCAAUCGCUGUCCCAAGCAAGGUAGCAACACCACAUUGGAUACCACCAAUCAGUGCAAGUAUUGUGACCGCAAGUUUGACCUCGUUCGCACUCUCCACAUCCAUCAGCUGGCCCACUGCAAGAAGAUACCACCGCAGCAGCGCCGCAAGUUGGCCUACACGGAGCUGGCCCACGAGAAGAAGGCCCCACUGCCCAGUUUCCCGCGAGGUGGUCAUGGUCAUCAUAGCCAUCACAGUCACCCCUCGCAUCCACGCCAUCAGAGCAACCCCACACAGCACACGCUCAUCCAGCAAUCACCGGAUAUGGCCAAAACCAUAAUGCGGUCUUCGGUGCAGCACGAACGUUGGCGCUAGCUUCAGGCCCUGUUUUAGAUCAAUGUUUGCUUCCCAAAUACCAAAAUGGGAAACACUUACAAAAACCCAUUUGUUUUAUGAAAAUAUCAAUGACUUUUAGGACUCAAAAAAGCAUAAGGUGUUGAACAGUCACAUUCAAUUUCAAUAAAAAUUCAAUUGCGCCACAAAUGGUGCAAGUCAGUAUUGGUUAUUAAAAA